UAGUGACCAUCCACAAGCAGUUUCUUCUAGGCUGCCAAAAGAUGUUUUUGACAAAAUUGAGCAAACAGAAGUAGAAACAAUAUCUUCAAAAGGUUCAAGUGGUGUCUUAUUAGGAAACUAUAAAACAGAGGAAGAAAAGACAGGCGAGAUGACAAAAGAAAUUAGAGAGAAGAACAGCAAAGCUCCAUUGCCAACAACAGCUCAAUAUGAAACAUCUUCAGAUCUUGUUCCAAAAGCAGAACUUGUAGCCUGUUCAUCAGCAGACUACUUGGAGAACAGUUCUUUAGCUACUCCUCAGUUAUUCCAUUCAAAAUCUGUACAGAAGGCAGAACCACAAGAAAAAUUUCAUCAAAGAAGAGAAAACACUGCAGAGGCCUUACCAGAGGGAUUUUUUGAUGAUCCAGAAGUAGAUGCAAAGGUGCGCAAGGUUGACACUCCAAAGGAUCAGAUGGACAAAGAAUGGGAGGAAUUCCAGAAAGCUAUGAGACAAAUCAAUACAAUUUCAGAAGCUAUAGUGGCUGAAGAAGAUGAAGAAGGGCGACUUGACCGUCAAAUUGGAGAAAUUGAUGAACAGAUAGAAUGUUUCCGUCGGGUUGAACAACUGCGUGACCGCCAGGAAAUAAGGAAAGAUAAAUUAAAGGAAGCCAUGACUCGAAGAGUCACACAGACUAAAGAAGAGGAUGAUAUUGGAAGUAAUGAUGAAGGUGAAUUGCAGGACUUGCUGUCUCAAGACUGGAGAGCAAAAGGAACAAUAUUGUAAGUGCCUGAGAAGAGGAAUUAAUUUCCUAAUUAUUAUAUUGUUCUUUUAUCACAUACUAACAUUUUUCAUACAUAUGUAUGUACAUGUAUGAAGUCUUGUGGGUGUUAAAACCAUCUGUUGUAAAAAUAUUUUUAUAAAAUCUAUUAUAGCUGUUAUGGAAACAAAAAAAACUUUUAUUUGAGCCAGUACUGUGCCAGCAGUAGCUUUUUAAUAUGCAUUGAAGUAUGCUCUUUUUUUUCUGAAGGCAGAUCAACAUUAAAAACAAUGUUUACCAGUUAGAACUAUUUUGUAGUCUUAAAUAGAAACCUAUUUACUUUUAUUUCCUGCACCUAACAUAUGCCACAAUUGUGACCUGCAUACUAUAUUGGAAACUUACAUUAACUUGUGUUUCCUUAGAUUCAUAAAUUAGCUAUUAUCUUAGACAUCUGUUGUAAAUCUAAAUCUAUUGCCUCACAGAAAUCAGAGUUUUCAAACUCACUGAAGUUCACUGAAGUUGUGCAUUUUGUAGCCUUGCAUUUAAUAACUGUUUAUUUGAUGCAGACAUUCAUUAGCAAAUAUCAGUGAAUGUCUACCAAUGUAUAAUCCUUGGAAAAGAUGCCCCAUUAAAUUCAACAUCAUGAGUUUUCCAAGUAAAUGUGUUCUUUUCACACAAUGAAUAUCUUCCUUCUUUCCUCCUGCAUGAUGUCAUGCGCACACUCCUAAAGAUUAUUCGGUGAUGCUCAGUAAGAAAGGAUGAGACUUAAUGGUUUUUAUAAACAUCUCUAAAUUAUAUUGACCCAAUACUAGGAAUGAAGGUUUGGGGCUUAGCUGGAUUAAACUGGCAGUAAAUGAAUAUUUAAUGAAUAAAUUAGUUUCAGAGACAAUUUGAUAAUGGGACCCGUUAACCUAAAAUGUCUAAAUCUCACUUGUUUCAUUUUCAUCACAUUCAUUCAUUUUGUCACAUAGUACAUGGGAUUCUUUCUACAACCCUCUUUAAGAAACAGCAGAUUUAUACACAUAAAACUUCAUUUUAAAAUGGAAUGUGAAAAACUAAUAAUUUAUAAUACUUGCUACCUGUAUAGAAGAAAUAAAGCUUAAAGGUUUUAAUUUAAUUUCCACAUUAAUAAAUGAAAUAGGGAUGAGAGCACACAACCUUACCAAGUUUUGGUAUAACUGUAAUAUAUACUUCAUUAAAUUAAGAUGAUAAAAUACCAUUUUCAGAAAUGUCAACUAUGUAGUUGAUAAAACUUACAAAGUAUAUCUGUUAUGCCGUUCUACAGGAAAUCCAUCCAGACUUGAUGCUUUUUCAUUACUCAUACUCCAUACCACUUUUUUAUCUCUUCCAUAGUGAAUUGUCAUUGGAAAGGUAAUUUUAGCUUAAAAAUGACUAUAUCUCCAUCAAAUAAAUGUUAGAU